AUGCAGAACAUCCAUUACAACCCCAUCCAACUGGGUGGAGGUGAAUUCCGGAUCCUUAUCCUUCAACCAUCCAGUACGUUCUCGUCCGACAUCAUCUGUACUCUGAAGAACGUCUCUCUCGAAUCCCACCCCCCAUAUGAAGCUCUGUCAUAUGUCUGGGGUGAUACGGCCACGUCUGGCUCGACCAUUAUCCUGGAAGGAAAACCAAAAGGUGUCACAGAGAAUCUCGCAGCCGCCCUACACCAUCUACGCCUCGAGAAUGAACCACGUAAACUCUGGGUUGAUGCGCUCUGUAUAGACCAAGAAGACAUCAAUGAGCGAGAUGACCAAGUCAUUCACAUGAAGGAGAUAUAUCAGCAUUGUGCUACAGACCUCCUAUGGCUCGGCGACGAUUCGUCAAUCAUUGAGAAGGGAGCUGCAGCUAUGAAGAGCAUGGGGCCAGUCACGCAGCUCGGAGAAGACUCUCUAGAGACUGACGUGGAACCAAUUUGGAGGAAGACCGGAUGGAAAAGGGAAAAAGGUCUCGAGCAACAAUGGUUUGAGGCCAUCUCAGCGCUCCUCGGCAAGCCAAAAGUGUGGAACCGUGUUUGGAUCAUGCAAGAGGUGUCCUUCGCCCCUCGGGUAGUGUUGGUCAGCGGCAACGCGACGUUGCCAUGGGACCGCGUCGAAGAAUUUCUGGACGCCGAGAACUACAUCCGCAAAUACGGCUUUCCGGACGCCUUCCAUGGCCCCUUCAGCCACGGGAUGGAGCCGCUGAGAGACGUGCUCACAUUCUACCUAGCCUCCGCCCAGAUCCUCGCGCACCAGCGCCGCAUCGCCGCCGCGAUGCAGCAACCACCACAACAGAGCGACAACUUCCCGCCAACUUCCUCCCUUCUCGACGUCCUCGCCCGCUUUCGCCAUACGGACGCCACCGACCCCCGAGACAAGGUCUUCGCUCUCCUCGGCCUCACAUCAAACCCCCUAUCCAUCACCCCCACCUAUCACGACUCCAAACGCCAAGUCUACACCAAAACCGCUACCGCCAUCAUCAACGCAUCCGGCAACCUCGACCUCCUCUGCCAAAGUCCCUGGGGCCUCUUCGGCACCGCCGGCCGCGACGCCUCGUUGCCCUCCUGGGUCCCGGACUUCGCGAAUGCCGGAGACACCUCGGACAUUCUGUUCGCCCAGCGCGGCAUCUACGCUCCUGCAGGAGAUGAGCAGCUGCAGACGCCGUGCACAGCGGCAGACGAUGGACGUCUCCCACUCGAGGGCUGGGAUGCCGGUGAGCUGCGCAAGUUGUAUCCACAGAUACAGGGGCUCAGGACACUAAAGAUGCCGGACGAAGUGCUGCGGGAGGGCAUCGAGGCUGGGAACGAGUCGCUGCGUCUGCUGCUGUCUUCAAGUGAGGAGCCGCAUCGGCGGCGCUCAGAAAGCCAGGAUGGCGAUGACGCUGAGCGGCGUGGUUCUGGGGCGGGGCUUCGCCGUUUCGAACAGUACUGGAGGACCAUUAUGCUGGACUGCAAGCGCUACCCUGUCACCCGACUGGAUGAGGAUGAUGUGAGAGACCUGAGGCCGAAGUGGGAGGCGUGGUUGCGGAUUCCGUAUGUGAUGAAGACUUGGACAUUGUUGUCGGGAGAGGUUUGUUCAGCGCCUUUCCCAGAAAAAGACAGAGAGGCAGAACAUGGUAUCCAAAACCACUCGGAGUAUGCUUGGGGGAUGAGGUUUGCGGUGCUGGAGGAUGGGGGAUAUGCUAUGGUGCUGACGGAGGCGGAGGAAGGCGAUCGUGUUGCGGUUUUGAAGGGGGCCAAAACGCCGGUCGUGGUAAGGAGGAAAGAGGGGAUUGCGCAAGGAGGCAGAGAGGAGGAGACUUGGACGCUGAUUGGGCCUUGCUAUGUGCACGGUUUGAUGGAUGGGCAGAUUGUUGAGAAGGGCCGGGAUCCGCGAACGUUCGUUCUCGCAUAG